UCCCGAUUCACCGAAAGAUAAAAGUUUUUCUGAGCUUUGUGAAAUGUUACCUACUCAUUACAAACCGAAACGUUUGGUUGUAGCCGAAACUUAUAGAUUUUAUCGGUGUAUUCAAGAAGAAAAUGAAAAUGUUUCUGAUAAUCUGAUUACAGUGCACGUUUGCGACAUUGUGCUUCCAUGCACUUGUGAUUUUGGUCAGUUCUUGAACCGUUCUCUGCAUGAUCAAUUUAUAUGCGGAAUUUGUAAUUCAGCUACUCGGAAAAAGUUACUGAAUGAAGACCAUACUUUUCAAGAUGUGUUAAAAGUGGCCAUAGCUGAUGAAGCUGCUAGUAAGGAGACUUUAGCAUUUCAAAACAAUACGAAACCAGUGAAUGAAUCUGUGCAUGCUGUGGGUAGAAAUCAAAUUCCUGAUAAGUUUUCAAAUAGCAGGAAUACAUCAAAUUCCAAUAACCUAAGACCACCAUUGCCUACCGCCCAGAAAUUUUCAUAUGCCUGUUAUUCCUGUGGAGGUACUGAACAUUCUCGGACCCAGUGUAGAUUUAGAAAUGUUGUAUGCAGCCGAUGUAAGCGGACUGGUCACAUUGCUCGUGUUUGCAAGAGAGGUAACAUGCUAAAUAACUUUGUCGAACAGAAACUGAGUUCAGAUGAUGUGUUUCUUGAGGAAGAAUUAUUUACGGUUUUUGAUGUUAACUCCCUAUACAAAUCAGAAACCUUGAAAAUUGAGAAUCAAGAGUGUUCCUUACAAUUAGAUACUGGUUGUGCAUUGUCCUUGGCCCCCCAAACAUUCUAUGAGCAAUUUUGUUCCCAUAUCCCUUUAAAACCUACCGCAGUGAGAUUAUCUACCUAUACCGGUGAAAAGAUUCAACCUUUGGGACAAAUCAAUGUUAUUGUUACUUAUGCUGGAACUCGGCACUCUCUUCCAUUACUGGUAGUACCACAGGGCUCUGGUGUUUUAUUUGGAAGAAACUGGCUAAGGUGUAUAAAGCUAGAUUGGAACAAUUUGCCUGGAAUUGAGUUACCGUCAUUUACUACCACAGCUACAUGCUCCAAGAUUUCUGAAAAUAAGAAUACAUUGGACUCACUCCUGUCAAAAUAUGAUGAACUGUUUCAACCUCAACUUGGGUGUUACACUGGUGAUGCUGUAGUUCUCAAUGAAAGUAAGGGAGCUGAAUUCCAUAAAGCACGUCCAGUUCCAUAUGCAAUACAGACACGAUUUGAAAGUGCUCUACUAAAAAUGGAAAAAGAUGGUGUCAUUGAGAGGAUUUCGUCUGCUGUUAGUGCUGCCCCUAUUGUUACGGUGGGCAAAAAGGACGGUGAUGAAGUUCGA